CUGCGCAUGCGUUAAAUGCGUUAAAAAAAUUAACUAAUUAAUCCUGUAAUUUAAUCAUAACGCGUUAUUUUUCACAGCACUAAUAUAUAUGUAUCAGCUAACCCUAACCUCUGGUACUGGUCUAAGUCUACGUGGUCUUUGUGAUGGAGGGGUCUACCUGAAGGUGCUGGACUCUGGUGGUCUGUCUUGCUGUCUCAGGGACCCCCAUCUCUUUACCCCUCUAGACGACUGGAGGGUCCUGGGAGUCUACAUGCUCUGUGGACUUGGGAAGGCUUUGGACCGGGUCCCUCUGGGGUCCCUCUGGGGUGCUGCGGUACGCGGUUCAGGACUCGUUGCUACGGGCUACCGGUCUCUAGACCUGCAGCAGGGUCCAUGUUCAUUAGAACUGUAACAUCUAAACAACACUGAGAAUGUUUUUAUACUUUAAUAUCCUGAAGUCGUUGUUAUGAUUCAAGUGCUCUACUUCAAUUGGUCCAGCAGGAUCACAGACGACCUUUGACCUCUGUUGGUCCGCUCUGACGUCUGUUUGGUCAAUCGAUCACACGGACGCCAUUUAGUAUCUCACAGGAGACCAGAGGCAGGGAGACAGACAGACAGGCAGGGAGACAGACAGACAGACAGACAGACAGGGAGACAGACAGACAGACAGGCAGGGAGACAGACAGACAGACAGGGAGACAGACAGACAGACAGACAGGGAGACAGACAGACAGACAGGCAGACAGACAGACAGACAGGCAGGGAGACAGACAGACAGACGGAGACAGACAGACAGACAGACAUGCUGCUGACCUGGACCCUCUGCUCUCUGCUCUCCUGCUCUGCACUGAUCGAAUGUUCAGUGUUCCUGACCCGGCCGGUGGCGGCCCGGGUACUCGGCCCCGCCUCCAGGAGGCGGCGGGCCAACUCCUUCCUCCUGGAGGAGGUGCUCCCUGGAGACCUGGAGAGGGAGUGUCACGAGGAGGCGUGCUCGCAGGAGGAGGCCGCCGAGAUCUUCCAGACCAGGGAGAAGACGCUGGAGUUCUGGUACCAAUACAUAAAUCUGAACCCCUGCCAGACCAGCCCCUGUCUCAAUGGAGGGCUGUGCUCUCUGGACCGAGGGGCCUUCCUGUGUCUCUGUCCUCCGGGUUACCACGGCAACACCUGCGCCUUAGAGGUGAUGGAGUGUCGCCAUAGAAACGGCGGCUGUAUGCAGUACUGCAGAGACCUGCAGGGCGGCGCUACAGUUCAGUGUGGCUGUGCUGAUGGAUUCAGACUGGAGGAGGACGGACAGAGCUGCUCACAGACAGUGGCGUUCCCAUGCGGCCGCCGCCACCGGGCCUGGGCUUCGUACCGCGGCCGCUCUCUGCUGCUCAACGGCUCCGUGUCGGACGCCAACAGCAGCGACAGCCGGGCGGCGGCCCUGAACCUCACGGAGGGGGCGGAGCCGACCUCCGGACCCGCAGGGGGCAACGCCACGGCGCUGAGCAGGGGCGGGGCGGGGCGCAUUGUGGGCGGAGUCCUGGAGCAGCCAGGAGGGAGUCCCUGGCAGGUGCUGGUCUGCAGGUCUGAUGGGUACGGGUUCUGUGGGGGGACCCUGGUCUCGGACCGGUGGGUGGUCUCUGCUGCUCACUGCCUGGAGCAGACGGCAGACCACGUGAUCAUAGGGGACUACGACAAGCGGCGCCCGGACCCCGGGGAGCAGCGGGUGGGGGUCCGGGAGGUCUUCGUCCAUCCUCACUUCCACCGCUUCACGCUGGACAGCGACGUGGCCCUGCUGCACCUGCAGCGGCCCGCCACCAGGGGCCCCACCGCGCUGCCAGCCUGCCUGCCGGACCCCCAGCUCGCCGCCUACCUGGGCCGGGACAACCGGGGCGUGGUCUCGGGCUGGGGGGUCACGCACUACCUGGGGAGGACGUCCUCUCGCUUCCUCAGGAAGGUCACGCUGCCGGUGGUCAGCCAGCAGGACUGCAGCGCCUCCACGGAGCAGGUGAUCACUGACAACAUGUUCUGUGCCGGCUACCUGGACGCCCCGCUGGACGCCUGCAGCGGGGACAGCGGGGGCCCCUUCGUGGUGAACUACCGGGGGACCUGGUUCCUGACCGGGGUCGUGAGCUGGGGGGAGCAGUGCGCCCAGAGGGGGCGCUACGGGGUCUACGUCCGGCUGGGCAACUUCCUGAACUGGAUCCGGGACACCAUGGAGAGAGCGGACCUGAACGCCACCGACAGCUAGCGGCCUGCAGGCUCCACGCUGCACCAGGAGGGGGCGCUGUGGCCCUCCUCCUCCUCCUCCUUCUCCCUUCAACCCGGAGACGGUCCUGGAACAAGCUCCACAGCUCUCAUUGACCCGUCAUCUGCCUGAGGGACUCGUGUCUCUGGCCCCUCCCCCUCCCUGUGGACUCGUGUCUCUGGCCCCUCCCCCUCCCUGUGGACUUGUGUCUCUGGCCCCUCCCCCUCCCUGUGGACUCAUGUUUGUUUAUCACAUUAAACAAUAAAAUAACUGAACACAAAACGAUGACCUCUGACCUCAAGUCACAUGAUGAAGACACUGAAGUCUUCAUCAGUCAACCUCUCAGCCGUUUAUUCCUACGAGUACUACCACGAGUACUCCUAGGUCUUGUCCUGUGGUCCCUCCUCUGUUCAUUGGUCGUAGAGCGUCCCCUGUGAGGGGGCAUGGCCCUCGGCUCUCAGAGCCCAGAAUAAUGAUGACUUCAUCUCCACUUUAAACCUUGUUUAAUCA